AUGGCUGGAGCUCCAACUGACUGGCAGUUAGAAUGCACAGAAUUAAAACAGCGCGGUGCGUAUUUGCUCCAAACGGGCCAAUGGUCAGAUUGCACUUUCUUGGUGGGUUCUGACCCCAACCAAGUGGUGAUAGCUGGUCACAAGCUAAUCCUGGCGAUGGCAUCUCCAGUGUUUGAGGCUAUGUUUUUCGGUGGCAUGCCAGAGAGAAACGAUCCUAUUCCAAUUUUGGAUGUGCAAAUUGAUGCUUUUAAAGCUCUUUUAGAGUACAUCUACACGGGAAACAUAAAUUUAAGUUCCUUUGAUAAAGCCUGUGAACUUUGUUAUGGAGCUAAAAAGUACAUGCUUCCACACUUAGUGAAGGAAUGCACUAGAUAUCUCUGGUCUGAUCUUUAUCCUCGGAAUGCAUGCAGAGCUUAUGAAUUUGCCCGCCUCUUUGAUGAAAAUGUUUUGAUGGAGAAAUGUUUGCAGAUAAUCAGCACAAACACAAAAGAUGUUCUAAAUGACAGCAGUUUUGAGGAAGUGGAGUUAAAUACAGUGAUCACUGUUUUUUCAAUGGAUCAUCUCAAUAUUGACUCGGAAAUGGAUCUGUUCAAUGCAGCUGUGAGGUAUGCAAAGGCAAUGGAGAAAAGAAACACAGAAAGGAGUGCUAGUCCCACUGCUGAAGGUCCUUCUAAUGAUUCUACAACACAGAGGGAACCAGAGAGUGGACCUAAAAGUCCUCCACCAUCUACGUCUAAAGAGAACCAGCAGGUAGUGAAUGUAGAAAGCAGUGCAGAGAACAGCCCAGCAGCCAGCCAGCCAGCAGAUGCUUGUCGAGCCUGUGAAUCAGACCACGCAACGCAGCCACCAGAGAAUAAGAAGCCUAAGACAACGGAGAGUAAACCCACCCUUCGCAGUGCAAUAGAGAAGAUCCGAUUCCUGACGAUGACAGCGCAGCAGUUCGCCGAAGGCCCGGCGAGGUCGUCCCUGCUCACCGAAUCUGAAGCUUUUACGGUCUUGAUGAAUAUCCUCUCGAACAAUUCGGAUGUCCCGAUGCCCACCGGCUUCUCCACUUGCCGGACUCCGAGGAAACAACUGAUCGGAUGUGGACCUUCUUGUAAUAUGACCACCUUCGUAGUGGACACUCCCAGCCCAGUAGCUGUAGAGCAAGUGUGGGGUGAGGGGAGCCGUGGCCCCCCCUCCACGGGUAACCAUUGCCCUCCAUAUCCAAGACCAACCAGACAUGAAAGUCUAUGGCCCGUCCUCGGUAUGGUGGUGGAGCACGCGGAAAGACACAACUCAGACCUGCAUAAGAUCUACUGUCAACGGGCUGUGGUUCAACAGACCGAUUGCCUCAACACCAGCGUAUUGGAUUGUUCCGUGACUUUCAUGGUUGAUAAGAACAUAUGCUUGCUCGGGGUACAGGUGCCGACCCAAGCGCCGAGCGAAGAGAACGCCGUGACCGGUGGCAACACCGGCGGCUACUCGGAGUUGCUGUACGCGCACCUUCUGGACGCGGACGGCGCAAGACUCACGUACACGCACUACACGAGCCGCGUGCCCUACCGCCAUCUCUUGGACGUCAUGUUCAACAGACCGGUGUACAUUCAGCGUAAUAAGGUAUAUAAAGUGGGGAUAGUCUUCAACAAAGUGGGCUGGUACCCCAUGGGUACAUGCGCACAGCAGGUGGCCGCCGAGUCCGUCUUCUUCAACUUCGGCAUUGGACAAAGCAGCGACUCAGUACGCGAUGGUCUCAUCCGAUCCAUUAUAUUCACCUACUAG